UAUUGUCGUCUACGCCAAAAAUCAUAUUUCUCUCUCCUAUGGUACCGUGAAGGCUCACGACACUGUUGUUUCUUUCUUCAACAAAACAAAGAUUUUCACAGCUUUCAAAGGGGAAUCGUUUAGUUUUCAUCAGAUCCUCUCGAUUGAUUGCAAUAUUGGAUUCACCCCAACAUUCAUCACAAUUGCAGCUAUGGCAACAACCAAGGUGUAUGUAGUGUAUUACUCGUUAUACCGUCAUGUCGAGAUCAUGGCGAGGGAAGUGCAAAGGGGGGCUAAUUCGGUUCAAGGUGUUGAGGCUACAAUUUGGCAGGUACCUGAGACACUAUCCGAUGUAAUACUGCAAAAGAUGAAGGUGCCGGCUAAAGCGGCUGAUGUACCGGAGAUUAGGCCAGAACAGCUUCUGGAUGCUGAUGGUUUUCUCUUUGGGUUCCCUUCUCGUUUUGGUGUGAUGGCAGCUCAGUCCAAGGCUUUCUUUGAUGCUACUAGUGAGCUGUGGAAACGCCAAGCACUUGCCGGCAAGCCUGCUGGUAUCUUCUGGAGUACUGGUUUCCACGGAGGAGGUCAAGAACUCACUGCAUUAACUGCUAUAACACAGUUAGCACAUCAUGGUAUGAUAUAUGUGCCUCUUGGAUACACUUUUGGGAGUGGCAUGUUCGAGAUGAGCGAGGUAAAGGGUGGAUCCGCUUAUGGUGCCGGCACUUACGCAGCCGAUGGAUCCCGUGAACCCACAGAGCUAGAGCUCCAACAGGCCUUUCACCAAGGUAAAUAUGUUGCUGAAAUCACCAAGAAACUCAAGAACAAGACAACCUGAUGGAUAUCAAUUUCGACAGAGUCCAGAGACCAACAAAAGGACAACAUUAACUCUGAUGCUCACGUAUCCCUGCACUAUUCUAUUCUUACCGUAUGCUUGGAUUGAAAAGAAAAUGAAAUAAAAAGGAACGAAAAACAAGCAAGUGAAUUGAAUGAAGAUCCACCUUCCAUUUAUACUCUUCCUUUUCGUCUGUCAUUUCCUCAAGUCUCACUCUCACUUCACUUUCACCAUCCACUACCUUUCCAACAGUUUUCUUGAUGCCAUCGGCCAUCACAAGUUCAUCACUAUCAUUCCUAUUGUCCAUUCUCAUCGGGAUCACUAGCCCUUGUUCGUUCGCCGUCAUGAAUGCAUUAAGCUGUUGUUCGACAUACGUAGACCAUGUUAUAAUCUUUACAAGCCAUAAUGAAUGC